AUGGCGGAUCGACCGCGCGGCGACUGGGACUGUGCUGAAGUGGUGCGCACAACGUACAAAGAGAAACAGAAGGAGAGAGAGGAAAGUCGGAAGCCCCAGCAUUGGAUUUUGCAGAAGCUUGUUGUUGGUGUCGUUCUCGGAAUCGUUGUCUGGACCUACUAUGUCUACAUCGGCCGAGUGUGUAUCAAACUUCUGGAGCGAGGGGAUACUGUCAAGGCUGGUGUCUAUAUCGCCAUCUUUAAUUUGUUUUUCCUCAUGUUCAGCUGGACAUAUCUCAAGAUCAUAGUUACACCUCCUGGCUUUGCUCGAGAUCACGUCCCUCAGUGCGAAGCUCCUGGUACAACGCAAACCAUAGGUACAGCUUACGAGGGAAUGUCGGAACGUGGUCAUGGCCAAUCCCCCCUCUCUGCGACCUCACACGACCCAACAUCAGCAUUUUCUCCCGAUGCCCAACAAGGCGCAGCCCUCGAACUGGAUGCUAUUCCACCAAUUGCAUCCGUCCACGCCCGUGUGACCUCUCCUGUGGGUGAUGAUUGCGCCUUGGGUGAUGCGUCAACUACUGUGCAUGAAACUCAACCCUACCUACAGCCGGCGGCGGCCCAAAACGAAACGACAGACAAAGGGAGAAAACAGGUCCAUGUCACUCGUAAUCCGCCUCAAACACCGGUUUUGGCAGACGAGUACCGAUAUUGUGCCCGAGAUAAACUGAUGAAGCCUAUGAGAACCCACCAUUGCCGUCUGUGUGCAACUUGCGUACUCCAAUAUGAUCACCACUGUCCUUGGAUCGGUCAAUGUGUUGGAGCCUACAAUCGCAAAUUCUUUGUAAAUUUUACCUUCUGGUCGACUUGGUUUACCGCUUGGGUCUUUGGAACGCUGCUUGCUGACCUGAUCGUGGACUCGAGAAAUAUCAGCUACCAGCUCGAUGGACAAGAAAUAGCCGUUAUAGCCUUAGCCGGUCUCUUUACCAUGUUCACAGCAUCGCUAACAGCUGGCCACACCCGACUCCUUAUCAUCAACGCGACGACGGUCGAGUCGCUUGGAUUUUCGCGCACAAAGGAAAAGGACAAGGCGAGCCUCGAGAUGGCAUUUAGCUUUUGGCAGUGCCGAGAAAAACACCAAACCCGCAAACGAUGGGACCAAGAAUGGGGUCGGGUCGAGCGAGAGGGUAAUCUAUGGUGGUUGGAGAACGCACGUACAAAUUGGGAGCAGGUUAUGGGACACAAAGUCUACGAGUGGUUCCUCCCGAUUGGAAAGAGUCCCAACAACGGGAUGAACUACCCCGUGAAUCCGCGACACGAUCCGGAUGGCAGAUGGAGGCCACGAUCACAAUGGCCGGUGGAACUUCAGUAG